GGAGCUCGCAGGUUCAGAUUCAAGUGAAGAAAGUGAAGAUGAAUUAGAAAUUGAUCGUGGAGGGAAUGCCAGACAUGACCUAAUGAUGAAAUUAGAGGGAAAGCCAAGAGGUGGAGGUUUUUUCAAACAAGCAAAAAAAUCUUACCCAAUGUUCCCAAUUAAGGAAGAGAAAAUUAAAUGGGAUGAUUAUGGUGAGAUAAUAAAGUUAGAAGAUUAUAUGAUUUUAGAACCAACAAAUCUUGAAGAAGAAAAUAAGGAGAACAAAAUGGAAAAUGAUGACAGUGUUCAAGAUAUUACUGAAUUACCUACCAAAUGCAUAUCAUACAUGCAGACUUUAGACAUUAAAGCUAGUGUACAGUUCAUAGAUUUUGAAGGCCGUUCUGAUAGUGAAUCAAUUAAAAAAAUACUCAGCAUGAUCAAGCCUCGUAGACUUAUAAUUGUUCGUGGACCCCCAGAAGCUACCGAAGCAUUAGCAGCAUAUUGUGUAUCUGGUGUUGUUCAGGGCAAAGUAUUUACACCUCAUCUGUUGGAAAUGGUUGAUGCUACAACAGAAAGUCAUAUUUACCAGGUAAAAUUAAAAGAUUCCUUAGUUAGCUCUUUGGAUUUUGUGAAAUCUAAAGAUGUUGAACUAGCUUGGGUUGAUGGAGAAAUAAUUCUGGAAGAGGAUAUUGAUGAAAUUGUUGCCAAAGAUGCUGAGAAAGAAAAAGAUGAUGAUGAAAUAAAAGAAGAAGCUGCAAUAGAAAGAAUUCCAGUUCUGCAACCACUUCCAGCCAAUCAGAUUAUUGGUCACCCUACAAUUUUUAUUAAUGAAGUGAAACUCUCCGACUUUAAACAAGUUCUGAUGAGGCAUGGCAUUAAUGCUGAAUUCUCUGGUGGAGUAUUAUACUGUAAUGAUGUUGUGGCUCUUCGAAAAAAUGAAUCUGGUCAUAUACACUUUGAAGGCUGCCUGACAGAAGAUUAUUUCAAAGUUAGAGAACUGUUGUAUGAACAGUAUGCAAUCAUUUGAUUUAUAAUUAAGUCAUUUUCAUUGUGAUUACCAUCAUCAUCAAUAUGUUAUGUAUAUAUAUUUUUUUUUAAUUUAUCACAGUUCAAAUUGUGCUGUAAAUAAAUUAUUUUUCAUAUAUGUGUUUUACAGUAUUUGUGACACAUAUUUAAAAAUAAAAAUUUCUCUUCUCAAGUGUUAAU